GUGUCCUUGGGCACUGUCGUUCUGUUGCAACAUCUUGAGAUGGAUAUUCUCUUCAAGGUGUCCUUGGGCACUGUCGUUCUGUUGCAACAUGUUGACAUGCAAUUUCCCUUCAAGAUGUCCGAAGGCUGUGCCGUUCUGUUGCAACAUCUUGAGAUGGAAAUUCCCUUGGAGGUGUUCUUGUGCUCUGUCGUUCUGUCACAGCAUCUUGACAUGGAAAGUCUCUUCAAGGUGUCCGCGGGCUCUGUCGUUCUGUUGCAACAUCUUGACAUUCAAAUUCCUUUCAAGGUGUCCCUGCGCUCUGUGGUUAUGUUGCAACAUCUUGACAUGGAAGUUCCUUUCAAGGUGUCGUUGCACUCUGCCGUUCUGUUGCAACAUCUUGACAUGUCAUUUCCCUUCAAGGUGUCCUUGGGCUCCAACGUUCUGUUGCAACAAAUUGACAUGGAAAUUCCCUUUAAGGUGUCCGUGGGCUCUGUCGUGCUGUUGCACCAUGUUGACAUUGAAAUUCCCUUCAAGGUGUCCGUGGGCUCUGUGGUUCUGUUGCAACAUCUUGACAUGGAAAUUCCCUUUAAGGUGUCCGUGGGCUCUGUCGUUCUGUUGCACCAUCUUGACAUGGAAAUUUCCUGCAAGGUGUCCGUGGGCUCUGUGGUUCUCCUGCAACAUCUUGACAGGGAAAUUCUCUUCCAGGUGUCCUUGGGCUCUGUCGUUCUGUUGCAAUAUCUUGACAUGGAACUUCCCUUCAAGGUGUCCGUGGGCUUUGUGCUUCUGUUGCAACAGCUUGACAUGGAAAUUCCCUUCAACGUGUCCGUGGGCUCUGCCGUUCUCUUGCAACAUCUUGACAUGGAGCCCUGA